CAGAGAAGUAUAGAACAACUUCAGUAUGUUUGGCAGAUUAAUGUCCAAAGUAUUUGGGUAUGAAAAGAAACCAGAUGAAAGUUCUUCAAAAGAUAGAAGGCAUUCAUUUGAAGAUACUAGCCCACAUAAACAUUUUACUAGAUCAAAAGGGAAGAAAAGAUCUAGUCCAGAAGCAAAAAGACGAAGAAGUGAUGAACCUCCAUUUGAUUUUUCAAAUGUUAAAACUGGAGAAGGAGCUUCCAAGGGAAAUAACUCUGUAGAUUCCAGUCCUGACUCAGAAAAGUCAGCAUGGAUAAAUGUGGAAAUAAAACCACCAUCAGCUAACCUACAAGAAAGUAGUAAUAGUGAGAAGAAUCCAACGGUAGUGGAAACAGAUAAAUCUGAUGGAUAUAUAAAACUGACACAAAGCAAAACAAGUGGAGAAUCAGCUAGUCCUGAAUGUGUUGUGAAUCCACCAAGUCCAGACCAACCAGUGCUUGUAGAUGGACCUGCAAUGUCAGCAUCAAUAUGGGAAAGUGUGGACACCUCUACAACUAAAGAACAUGUAUACAAAGACUGUGUUGUCAUAGAAACCACAUCAGAACGUAAAGAUAGAUUGUCCAAAGAAUUUCAGUCCCUGCCAGAUAAUUCAGAGGGCAAAGUCCAAUUAUCAACAGAUAGUUUUAUUAGAAUAGAGGAAGCUUCUGAAGGUAUGACAUCAUUAAAUGACAAAAACUGGAACAAUAUGAAUGCUAGUGCGUUUCUUGAUAUUGACAUGCCAACAGAAAGUGAAAGUAGACGCUUGACUACAAGCUUUGUGCAUAUUGAUCAAAAUGAAGUUUUUGGAUUGCGAGAAAGCAAGAACAAUGUGCACUCAGAAUUUAAGAGUGUUUUAGGGGAACUGGAAAACUUUGAAACAGUUGAUGAACAAUCAAAAAGCAGCUCUGAUAAAAACUCAAACACAAAAGAUGUCAUUACAUUUGGUGCAAAUAGUUCAAAACAGCAAUCUGAACAUGAUAGUAUGUCAAGAACUAAUCGUGACAAUACUGAAGAAAAAAUUCAAUCCUCUGUAGUUCUAAAAACAGAAUCCAUGAUUGAAAAUGUGAACUAUAAUGUUGAUGCUGAUGCAAAGUAUGUUGUUCCUAAAAUGCCAGUGUCAAAAGGUCAAGGAGGAAAUAAACUGAGUAAAAAAUUAGAAAAACUGGAAAGAUGGAAGGAUAAGAGAAGAAAAAGUAAAACGCCUGAAAAAUCUGUAGCUAAAAAAGAUACCAAAUCUAAAGAAGAUGCUAAUGUGGAUAUUACGGGAAAAGAAAAUAGUUCUGGCUUGCAACAGGAAAGUAAUGUAGUAUCUAAUGAAGUGGAAAAGAAAAUUCUUGCCACAGAAAAUAGCACAGAUGUAAAAACAGAUAAUACAAAUAAAGAGGAAAAAGAGGCAGAAACAAGUUCAAAGAGGGAUGAAAAAAGAGAACAAUCAAAAGCUGAGCAAACAGAUGUAAACACAAGCAAACCUAAGCAGAAAUAUGUGAUUCCAAGCAAAAGAAAUAAAGGCUCUAUCUCACCGUCAGAAAGACCAAGAAAAGAAAAAGAUGAAAUCUGUGCUUCAACAUCUGAAACAAGAGAGGGAAAGAAGGAGGAAAAGUAUGAAACUGAACCUAAAAAUUUUCUAGAGUUUGUUCAGAGAAAGACAGCUAAAGGAAUAAUUGUGGAUGCUAAAAAGCUUAUGUUUGAACUGGGAUUUCUGAAGGACAUGAAGCAGACGGACAUUAAUGAAGCUGUUAUUGAACAAUACAGAAUGGCGGCAGAUAGAAAGUUUGAUUAUUGGAUAAAACAAGCUCGCUACAAUGCAGAACUUAUUUUCACUCAAGAUUGGAUUGAAGAGAAUUUGCCAUCAUUGGAAGGAAAAAGGGAGAAAAAGUCAGACUGGAGAAAGAAGAAACAAGAAAAAAGAAAAGGUGGCUAUUCAGAGUAUGACAGACCUGCUGGUGGAAUGUGUAGAGAUGUAAGAUUAGAAACAGAUCCAUCUUUACAAGUUGUGCGUGAAAACGUAGGAAGUAAAACAUCUAUUGAAAAGGUGGCAAAUGUUGAAACUGGUCAAGUAUUGCCUGAAAACAUGAAACAGGAAUCAGACAUGAAAUCUGAUAAUAAGAAUGCAGACAGCAGUCAAAGGUCAUUAGAUAGUUCAAGAUCAUCUCGAAUGAAAUAUAGUGAUGUAAGAUUGGAAACAAAUCCAAAUUUAAUGGUUGUUAGAGAAAAUGCUGGAUCAAGGUCACAAGAUCAAAAGGAGAAAACUGACAGGUCAUCAAAAAUGAAAUACUCAGAUGUCAGAUUAGAAACAAACCCUAAUUUAACUGUUGUAAGAGAGAAUGCUGGAUCAAGGUCAAAAGAUCAAAAGGAGAAAACUGACAAGUCAGCAAAAAUGAAAUACUCAGAUGUCAGAUUAGAAACUAACCCUAAUUUAACAGUUGUUAGAGAAAAUGCUGCAGAUAAAUCAAGAUCAUCUAGACUUAAAUAUACUGAUGUUAGACUGGAAACAAAUCCAAACCUUACUAUUGUUAGAGAAAAUGUUGGUGGUAAGACAAAAAUGUUGGUGAAGGAAUCUAUAAAGGACAUUCAGACAAAUGAAGAAUCUCAGCAAAUCAUUUCAACAAAUAUAACUGAUGCAGAAGUUAUAGCUGAACAUGGUAAAAAUCAGAAUAAUGAUGCAGAAGUUAUAGCUGAACAUGGUAAAAAUCAGAAUAAUGAUGCAGAUGUUAUGACUGAACAUGGUAAAAAUCAGAAUAAUGAUGCAGAAGUUAUAGCUGAACAUGGUAAAAAUCAGAAUAAUGAUGCAGAAGUUAUGACUGAACAUGGUAAAAAUCAGAAUAAUGAUGCAGAAGUUAUAGCUGAACAUGGUAAAAAUCAAAAUAAUGAUGCAGAAGUUAUAGCUGAAUAUGGUAAAAAUCAGAAUAAUAAUGCAGAUGUUAUGCCUGAACAUGGUAAAAAUCAGAAUAAUGAUGCAGAAGUUAUAGCUGAACAUGGUAAAAAUCAGAAUAAUGAUGCAGAAGUUAUGCCUGAACAUGAUCAGAUUCUGAAUAAUAGUACAGAUGUUAGAAAAGACUCCUCAGAAGUGAGUAAACUUGAGUUCGAAUCAGAAAAAUUUCCCACAGAGCCUGAAAAUGAAUCGGCUACAAAAGAGGGAGACAUUACACAGAGAAGACAGGACCAAAUGAUUUGUGAUGGGAAUUUGAGAGUAUCAUCUAAAGUAGGAACUUUGCUGAAUUAUUCUGAGGCUGUAAAAUCUGCUGGGAAAUUUAAAGAGAACAAAACUGAAAAGGAUGACAUAAAACCAGAUGAAAGUGAUAUUGAUGUCAAGAACGAAGUCAGUGGUGCAUUGACCUCUUUGUUAGCUUUAGUUGAAACUGAAAUAACAAAGAAAUUUGAUGAUAAUGGAAACCCCAUCACAGAAAAACAAGAUAAAACACAUUCAGAGAAUGAAACUAAACUACUUGAUCAUCAGGGAGAAGGCCAUGAUAGAGAGAUUAAAGAGAGGGAAAGAAUGACCGAAGCAAAACAAACUGACAUGAAAAGGGAGACAAUUACAAUCAUAUCAGAAGUUGAUGUUCAAAUUGAAGGAGAAAGAUUUGUUGUAAAAACAAAAUUACAUGAGAGUGAGAAAUCCAAUACUGGUAUCAAAACAGAGACCUCUGAUACACUUGAUCAUAACAAAGAAAGCAAAGUAAGCAAGGAACCAAAAGGACAGGAGAAUGAUAAACAGAAAUAUACAGCAGCUUUAGGUCUUAUUCAGAGUGAAGAAAGCAAUAUCACUGCAGAAGGCAUGGAGAAUGGUGAAAAGGAUUUAAAACUAUUUGAAACUAAACAAAAUCUGCAAAAAUUAGAAGAUGGUGCAUCAGACCAGAAAUUAGAAGAAACAGAAAAGUUGACAUCUGUAACAACACAAUCAGAGACAUUUGAAACAAGUUCUACACUAACUCAAAGUGUUAUUACACUUGUCAAUGAUGUAAGUGAAUCAGAAGUACAAAAGCAGGUAGAAAUGCUUGCAAAAGAAGUUGAAAAUGAAAUUCCAGUGGAAAUGCCAGCUAAUGGAUCAGAAAAGAUUGAUGAAAAAGACAAGACUGCAGAUGAAAAAGAAUCCAUUGAGGAAAAAUCUUUGCCAUUAACACUUACAGACAGUAUUUUCUCAUUAGUACAAGAAACAAGAGGUGAAAACACUCAGGAAAAAUUAGAAAGCUUGGUAAAAGGUAUGGCAAAAACUAUAGAGACAGAUGAGUCGAGUAUUGUUACCUGCCAGGACACUCUGAUAUUACAGGCUGAUUAUAAAAUGCAGUCCGAGAGCAUAGAACCUAAAUCAGAUAAAGUGGCAGACACUAAGACUAAAGUUGCAAUCAGCAAGGCAGCAGACGACACCAAAGCAGCAGUUGCAGAAGACACUUUAACAAAAGACAUUACACAAAAAUCAAUAGGUCACACAAAGUCGAUGCUGGACAAUACCAAUAGAACAGAUGAGAACAAAGAUACAUCAGAUGUAAUAAAAACAAUAGAAGGUGUAAGAAAAACAUUGAUGGACAUCACAAAAACUGUGGAAGAUGACAGAAUAACAAUAGAAGACAUUACUAAGAAAGUAACAAAUGAAACUUUGAAGACUAAAGAUGACAAAACCAUAGAAACGGGCAAUGUAAAAACAGUACAACACGAGCACAAAACAAUUGCAGAUGUUAUUGAAACAAUGGCAGAUGUCAAAAACACAUUGAAGGAUAUCACUAAAACAGUGGAAGAUGACACAAAAACUAUAGCAGAUUUGACCAAAACAGUUCAAGAUGACAUUGAAAAAGGAGCAGACACAGCCUUGAUUGACAAUACCAAGACUGAAGGAGCGGAGGCAAAACCUACAACAGACAGUACGAGUAUAUCAACUGAGAACAUUCAGUCUAAGGUUAUUCAGACUGAUAUUAAAACCAUUGAAAAAGGUUUGAAAGAUUUGAUCACAGAAAUGGCAGCCAAAGAGAAAAUUUGUACUGAUGAUAAAGGAGUAAAUUCUGAUUAUAGUAAUAUACCUACAAAUUCAGAUGAAAUUGGAGAACAGGUAAGAAGAUCUCCAUUGGGUAUAAUUGGAAGUUUGAGUCCAACAAUGGUGAGAUCAUGUGAAUUUCUGUCAAAAGAUGGAAAUUUAAGUGAAGCAGAUUCUUUAGAAAAUUUGUCUGUGAAAUCAGAUGGUGGAAGUCGUUCAAAUUCAAAGUCUCAAAGAAAGACAGUUGGUUCAAGAAUACAACAACCAAAAUCUUACUCAAGGUCAUAUGAAACUCCAAAUAAAUCUUCAUAUAAAGAAAGAAACUGGCAUGGUACAACAACACCUGGUCGCUAUGGUAACAGUCGCCAUGAUAGUUGUAAACAGCCAGUACAUGGAUGGUAUGAUCAUUCUUAUGGGUCACCUCGACAGUAUGGCCAAUAUCAUUCAUAUUCAGAAAGUCACGAUAAAAGUAAUAGAGGAAGAGGAUCUUAUGGGAAUACCCCCAGAGCACCAUACAGAAAGCAGAAUUACAAUACCCCUGAUAGAUUUCAGCAGACCAAUACCUCGUCAUACAAAUCACAUUCUUACAAAGAAAGUCACUAUGUAAAGGAACAUAAUGGAAAAACAACUGAUAAAUUUACUCAUGAGAGAAAACAAGCAAGAGGUCUAGAAUCUGAUAAACAUGGAAGCAAUUAUAAAAGCAGUGACAUGAGAAAAUCAGAAAUGGGAGGAGGAAUUGAAAAAAAGAUAGAUAAAGAAAAGGAUUACAUUACUACUGGUAAACCAAAAAUUAUAGACACUAAGUACAAGUCCUCUGAUUCAAGGCAAAAAAUAGAGAAAAAAGAGGAACAUUAUUCCAAAUUGAGUGACAAAGUUAGCGGUGCUAAGUCUGUAAAUCAUAAAGAGACAGAAGGAUCUACUAGUAAAAAGGAAACCCCGCUUCCAAAGAGUGAAGAUAUUCCCAGUAAAGCAUUAGAAAGUAGUAGUGAUAAAAGAAAAUGUUCUUCAGAACAGGUGAUGCACACUAACACAACAGGUAAGCCAGCAGAACAAAAACCAGAUUUAUCAGAAGAUACUUCUAAAAAAGCUUCUGAUUCUACCAAGGAAGGAAGUCAUCAUCAGGCUCAAGGUACCAGUAAAGGUGCAACUAAUUCCCAAAAGCAGAAACAGAAAAGGAAAAGGAGGAGCAAUGCUAAAUAUAAGUGGUAGAUAUGUAAAAUACAUUGUAUAUAUAAAGUGCAGACAGCACUAUUGGGGGUUAGAACUCAGGGUGAUAUUUU